AUGGCGGGGUACCCGGAGGACAACCAGCACGCGUUGAACGGGUACGACGAGGAGGAGGUCGACGAGGAGGAGGGGCACCCCGGGAGGCGGGGAGGCCGGGAUGGGGCCUCUGGGUACGGCGAUGCUGGCGGAGAGGAUGGGCGGGGGGCGGGCGGCGACUCGUCGGGGAAGAUUUUUGUCGGAGGCGUUGCUUGGGAGACAACUGAAGAAUCAUUCUCCAAGCAUUUUGAGAAGUAUGGGGCAAUAACUGAUUCUGUAAUUAUGAAGGACAAGCAUACUAAGAUGCCUCGUGGAUUUGGAUUUGUUACAUUUUCUGAUCCAUCUGUUAUAGACAAGGUUUUGGAGGAUGAUCACGUUAUAGAUGGCAGAACGGUUGAAGUCAAGAGGACAGUCCCGAGGGAAGAGAUGACCACCAAAGACGGCCCUAAGACAAGAAAGAUCUUCAUCGGUGGGCUACCACCAUCUCUUACUGAAGAUGAGUUGAAGGAUCACUUUUCAUCGUAUGGUAAGGUGGUUGAACAUCAGAUAAUGCUAGAUCAUAGCACUGGGCGUUCUAGAGGGUUUGGUUUUGUCACUUUUGAAAGUGAAGAUUCUGUUGAAAGGGUCAUAUCAGAGGGGAGAAUGCGUGAUCUUGGUGGGAAGCAGGUUGAAAUAAAGAAGGCUGAACCAAAGAAACAUGGAUCUGAUCACAGCAGUAAUGGGAGAUCAAGCCACGGAGGUGGAGGUUACCGCAAUUCUUACCGUAGUGGUGGUGGAGCUGGUAGUGCCAGCAGUGGCAGCAGUGGGGGUGGCGGCGGUUAUGGUUAUGGUGGUGCUUAUCGAUCUGCUGCAGCGGGUUAUGGAUAUGAUGGUGGCGCAGGAGCAGGAUAUGGCUAUGGUAGAGGGUAUGGCUAUGGAGGCAAUGCUGGCUUUGGGUCUGGUUUUGGCGGUGGUUAUGGUGGAUCCAUGUAUGCAGGUGCAUAUGGCGCAUAUGGUGCCUACGGUGGUGGCCCCUAUGGAGGGGGUGCCUAUGGAGGCGGUGCAUAUGGAGGUGGCGCCUAUGGUGGCGCCCCAGGUGGUUAUGGCACUGGCGGAUACGGCAGUUAUGGCGGAGCAGGUGGAGCUGCUGGUGGUACUGGUGGUGGGAGUACAGGUGCUCGGGGUUCUAGCAGGUAUCAUCCAUAUGGAAAAUAA